AUGAAAAUUGAUGCAAUUUUCAAAGAUUGGCUGAUCAAUUGGGAUAAAGUGUUCAAUUGGAACAUUUUAUUACUCAUUGAUAAUUGUCCAGCUCAUAUCAUUGACUGCAUAAACUUAAGACACAUAAAAGUUAUUUUCUUACCAGCAAAUACUACUUCGAUCAUUCAACCAUGCGACCAAGGUAUCAUACGCACCUUCAAAGCUUAUUACAGAUCAGCAAUAAGGGGAAAAGUUCUAGCAGUGAUUGAUAAUGGUCUACACGAUGCAUCUUCAAAAGAAGCAUGGAAUAAAGUAAGUGUGGAGACAAUUCGAAAUUGUUUUCAUCACGGUGGAUUCAAAACAGAUGACAAAACAGACGACGAACACGAAUAUAGUUUGCCUGAAAAACCAGUCGAUCUCUCGCAUGAAGUUUAUGGCGAUUGGGUUGAUGUGGACUUACACCUCGAUGUGGCAGAGAUUCAAACAGAAGAAGAGAUUUGUAAUACGGUAAUGAAUCCUUAA